GCAUGUUAGUCGAUCGUCGUGGGCGCACCGAACUACUCGUCAACUGUCAAAAGUUCAGUGACAUUUAUUUAUACACUUUAUCGUGUUCUCAGGACAGGUGUGAUUGACAAACAAACAAGUGUUAAUUUAUGGAUUUUUGAUGAAGCUAUGAUAUACUGAGAGUUUGUUUAAAAAAAAUGAGAACUGGAUUCACGAUGCCAAGCCCUAUAUUUGGACUAUUGGUUAUAGUGUUUUUGGCUUCUGACGUACUAUCAAAAUCAAGGCGAUUCUCAAAACUACAGACGACGGAUGCGCUGUCCAAGACGAGGUGUGACUUGAUGUGCAUUGACGUCACUAAGGAAAAUAGAACACAAUGCCGCUCACAAUGCCGGAUGCAAGAGCAAAAGCCGGGGACGUGCCCAGGUUACGACAUCCCGCAGUGGCAAGCCGCUUGUGUAGAGGCCUGCGCCUUGGACUACCAGUGUGACGGCACCCAGCGGUGCUGCCACCACGGAUGUGGCUCUACCUGCAGCGAACCCGUGGACCUACUGACGUUGUCAGGACUCCCAGCACUACCAGUCAUAGAAGAAGUCAAGGAGAAGCGGAAAUCAAUCCUCAUCAGAUGGUCUGAUGGAGUUGGAGAUCUGGCCCGCGCUGUACCCGGCAGGAUUAUAUAUCUGCUUGAGGAACAACAUCAUCUCGGACCGAAGUACGAGGAGGCAAGGCUUGCGGGAUGGAAUCUGCUAUUAAGAACCAAUAAAACGAAAAUUUCUCUCCGCAACUUGCUGAAACCAGGCCGCUGGUACCGCUUCAGAGUAGCCGCUGUCAGUUCGACCGGCAGCAGAGGUUUCUCAUCUCCUAGCGCACCCUUCACCCCCAGGAAGGGACCCAGAGCGCCUCCACCGCCCAAACGGUUGAGGGUACGCCCGGUGGGAACUGAAAACGGUACAGUAACCGUUCGUCUAGAAUGGAAGGAAUCCAACUCGGACUUGCCGGUAAACAGAUACAAAGUGUUCUGGAGCCGUCGCGUUCGGGGCGUGACGGGUGAUCUAGAUUCAGUUCUAGUGAACCAUCAGACAGUUCCUAAGGACAAAACAUACGCUGAAAUAAAAGAGCUGAAACCUAACUCAAUGUAUUUUUUCCAAGUACAAACGAUCAGUCAGUUUGGCACCGGCAAGCUUCGAAGUGAUAAAGCGGCUGUAUUUUACAACACCACAAGCACCCACGUUGGCAAUCCAAGUACAGAAUGGCGCUCAGACUUGGUAUCGGUUGCCAGUAAAACCAAGCCCUUCUACUCCUAUUUAAAAAAAAGAGCGCGAACGGAAACCGAUUUUGCGCCACAGUCUCUUAAAAAACAGUAUAAAAGGGUUGUCAAAGGCCUAAAGUUGCACAAGGUUAUUUGGCAAAACGGAAAAUUGAAGGCUAGUAUAUCCUGGAACCCAAUAUCUACUAGCGAGAUUAGAAGAUAUGUUGUACAGUGGCGAACGGAAAAAUGUGAAAAUCCACAACACGAACAUAAAAUUCUUUCGGCAACCACUGAGCAAACUACUUUCGAAAUCUACGAAUUGGAUUAUCAUUGCACUUACAAAGUGAAUGUAAAUAAAUCACGGAAAAGUCUAUCCCCUGACUCAGAAAUCAUCGUUAAUGUUCCUGGGUGUGACUAUUUUCAACGACGAAUGAAUGGCACAAAAAUAGACUGUGAAAGUUGAAUUAUUGUGUAUGGUUAAUUUAAACUAUUUCGCCAGAAUCGUAUAGUAAUAUUUAUUAUGACAGUAUUAGUAUAAAAAAACAUCUUAAGACACUUGUGAAAGGAUAUAAGAUUCUUUGUUUGUUCAGAAUAUCUGGACGAUGACUUUCAUUACAUCAGCAUUCAUAUUUUGUUAUAGGCUGCAUUAGUUUAACGUGUGUAAUGUAGUUGGUCAAAAAAUCUUGUCAGUAGAAAAAGGUGCGAAAUUCAAAUUUUCUAUGGGAUGAUAACUUCGCGCCUACAUUUUGCCGCCUUUUUCUACUGACAAGAUUUGCUUCACCAACUGUAUAACAGUUUAUGGCUCGUACAUGGAAUUUUAUCCUCAUACCUAUUCUCCCUCUUCGUCUCUGUCUUUAGGAUGAUAAUAUUAUUGUAAAAAAACGAAACAUCUAAAUUUUCUUAGCUCUUAUCCAGGAAUACAAAUAAAGCCAACCAUAAACUAGUUUCGAUAUUUAUUAUUACCUGGCCAAUCGACGAGCAUUAUGUGUGUCAAAUAGUAUAUUGAGACGUUGUGAUUGCUGAGCGACGUGAGUCAAACAUAUGUUAGAACUUGAAUGUAUACCUACCAAUUUUUCCUAAGGAAAGUAGAUUAAUUUAAGGUACCUAUUUAUUUAGUAUUAGUAGUUUAAUUAAAAUAUAAG